GGCCCACUGUAAACCGCUGCUGGUGCUGUUGUACUGUCGACCAGCCCACCACACGCUCACAGAGAGCAGGCGGUGGCGAGCCGCCGCCAGGCACCACGGUCGGCGGCCCCUCGCUCCUCCGCCGCCGCCUCCCCUCCCUCCGGCACCGAACGGGCGCCGGCGCGCCCUCGGGGUGGGUGCUGCUCGUGCUCGUGCUCGGCGCCCCCGCUUCCCCGACUUCACGGCCACCUGCCUGCAGAUCAUCAGUUGGCCGGGAGCUGUGAUGUGACGGCCAUACCCUUCUACUCCACUACGCUAGUGUCAGAAACGCUCUUAUAUUAUGGGACGGAAGAAGGAUUCUAAAUAUAUGAGAUUCAGAUAUACAGAGAAUCCUAACACCGACAGUGGCAACAAAGUGUCCAAAUGCCGAACACAGCGCAACUUGCAAAAUGGUCUCUCUCUCUCUCUGCAUCUAUGCUUGAAGAGACAGAGGGCAAUGCUUUUUCUUUAGGGAAAGGAAAGUACAGUGCUUGAAAGAACUAAAGAAAAAAGCCCGCAAAACAGAUCAGGAAUGAGUGACAUUAUCUGCAACUGCAGGCAAGGAACAAUGUGCUUUGGGGAAAACACAAAAGCAAAGUGGGGCAAAACAAAAAGCUCAUACCAUCACCACUGCACCAUCUCAUGCUAAUUGCCCCCCAACUUGCACUACACUCUGUUGCCGAGCUCUGCCAGCUACGCGCAAGCGAAAACUUCUUUCAUCUCCAGCUAAACCAGAUGAUCAAGUGAUACAUCUUCACCUUGGACUGGAGGAUGGAUGGCUUCGACUAAUUUUGAUUUGAGGGAGAUGAUGGAGUGAGCUGCAUCUGGAAUAAUGGAUUUUUUGGAGAUAACUUUAUUUUUAUGUGCAACUCUUCUUCACUCGUUGAAAUGAUCCGCCUGCGGCUCUAGAGUUCAUUAUGUUGUUACCAAGCCCCGCCACCAUCUAAGAAGAACAAGUGGGUUUGUUUUUCCAUUUCGAGUGAUAUUUCUUCACCUGGGACUGGAUUUCUUUGGGACAACUUCUCCUUUCUCUGCAAGUCUUCUUGGCUCCUUGACUUGAUAUCUAGACUGCGGGCCAGUGGGUUACAAGCACACAGUCAUGGUUUUCUUCUGCUGAGGGUAAUUAUCGGUUUUACUGUGGAGCUUCAGAAUGGCUGCUGCACCACCUGGACCUACUCUGAAAGGGCAUACUCUGGUUGUAAAGGAUUUCGAUGACGCCGUCAAGCAGCUGAUUGAUUUUCUGCAUCAUGGCGGUGAUACUUCAGAAGGCAGAAUAAAAGCAUUCUUAUUUCAUGGCUGGUACGGUGUGGGUCUUGGAGCAUCCGCCGUUCUUAGAGCUACAGCAGAACACCUCAAAUCCAAAAGAAGCGAUCCAGACAUGAAACAGCAAUUUGGUAAAGUUGUCCACGUCGACUGCUCUCUGUGGAAAAAUAGAAGGACGAUGCAGCAGGAAAUAGCAGCAGAACUGAACCUUGUGCAUUUAAUGCCUAUUUUUGAUAAGCAAGAUGAGGACGAUGAUUUCAGAGGAGUAGAGGACAGUUCUAGAGCAGAGAUAACAAGCAUAGCAAGUGCGAUCUAUGAAUCUCUAAUCAAUGAAAAAUUUAUAUUAAUUCUUCAUUAUGGGGGAGAUGCAGAUAUUGAUCUGGCAGAGUCGGGCGUUCCUGUAUUUGGACCUUUCGGUAAAGCCAAGCUUUUAUGGACCAAUCAUGGAAGAUUUCAGCUCUCACAGAAACAACACAAGUUGUUGACAUCCAGUUUCCUUGAUAUAAACAUGCUUUUCAUUACCACAGACCACAUCUAUAUCGGGCAACAACUACGUUGUUUAUUGCACAAAGAAGCUGUUGAGGUGAUUAGUUACACGGGAAUGGAUGACAUCAACCCAGCAACUGUUGUGGAUUGCUUCUUGUACUCACUGUUGCUGGUAGGACAACUGGGUGAAAACUCUGACACUGUUGAGUAUGGUUGGGCCACUUAUGUUUGCAACUACUGGAUAUGUGACGGAAUCCUUCAAAAGGACAGAGCUUGGGAGGUUGGCAAUGCAUUAUAUGGAGUGAUAGGGCAAUUGCGCCAUUCUUCAGGUGCAAUAGAAACUCUAUUAUAUUGGUUGGACCAACAAAUAAAAUCCUACCAAGGCUGGAAGUCAAUUGCAUCAAACCAACAAGGAGCACAAAGUAUCUCUGUUGUUCCUGUUAAUGCAUCAUCCUAUUUCUUAACAUUUAAGGGAGAUGAUCUGCUACAACUACCGAAUGAUUUGUUUCAACUAGCCAACAACCUCCGUGUGCUAAAACUCUGCAAGUGCAGAUUUGAUUUUGCAUUGCCUCCUUUCCAAUCCUGCCACAACCUAAGGUUCCUUUGGCUUGACCAUUGUGCAAACACUGGGAAGGAGCAAGGUGGGGGAGCAUGUUUUCCAAACCUGAUAGUGCUUGACUUGCGUCACACUGAUUAUGCCUUGCAGCAGCAGAUGAUUGAACGGAUGACAAAUCUAAGAGAAAUAAAUACAAAAGGAGUCUCAUGGAGGAAUAUAAGUCAUGCAUGGAAAACAUUACAAAAUCUUCACAAGCUCCGACUAACAGAAUCUUCAGAUUUGAUCACAGUGAACAAUUGCUCUUCCUUGGAUAUGAUCAAUCUGGAGCUCCUUGACUUGUCUGGCAAUAUCUCUAUGGCAUCAUUGCCUAGAAUGUCAUCAGCGGCAAGCUUGAAGAUGCUUGUUCUUGAUGGUUGUUCCAACUUGGAGACCGUUGCAGUUGAAGGAGCUCUUCCAUUGCUCGAGACUUUUAGCUUCGAUGGUUAUGGCCCAACAGAGAACUGGGCACAUCCCAUAGAAUUACCAAAAAAAGAAUUUCGGCCAAAGUCUCGUGCAACUCCAAUCCAAGAAGCCAAGGUGACCAAAAUUUCCCUCAUGGGUUGUGGUCGAUUGCAUAGCAUAUUCUUGCGUGCGUUGGACAAUCUGGACGAGUUGGACCUCUCUGGUACAGCCAUAAAAAUGCUUGACCUUAGUGUCAUGGAUGCCCCAAAGCUCAGGAAGUUAUUAUUACUGGGUUGUCGGCAGCUCUUUAGUCUAGGUUGGCGUUAUAAUAACCCAUUUAGAUUGAAAGUGGUACAUGUAGACACUUGCUGGAGGAAAAGAUUAGUGGUAUGUUGUGCACGAGUGAGGGAGGAUUUCUUUCAUUUUGAGGCAUGCAUUACCCUUACAGAUGCAAGGUUCCUUUGGCGGUGCAUGGAGGGACUCUACUUACGUUCAUGGUGGUGCAUGCACAGUGGGGGCAAGUUGAAGUUGCACCUCCAUAUCUCUUCUACCAUUCAUAGCCAAAUCAACAUGACCAAAAGUAUCAAGGAGAUUGGUCCUAGCCAAGAGGGUUUUGCUCCCACAGGGCGAUCAUUACCUUAUGAUGAUAUUAUUAUCCUUUUGAAGGAUGUAGCAAAUUCAUCCCUUGUGUGCGACCAGAGGCAGCUUCAACCUCUCGAUGUGCAUAUAGAGAUUGGUGAUGAAGGCCACAAUUUGGAGACUAUGGACAAGAACCAGCAUUUCAGAUGGUUCGUUAGGGAUCAUGUUCAAUCAUUGCACGUGCAUGACAAUUCCUCAAUCGCGGCUAUCCCUCCAAGGGGCCCACAAACUUGGCUUGGCCUAACAUGGUGUCAUGUUGAGAGAUGUCCCAAGCUACGUUCACUCUUCUCUUGUAAGGCUAGAGAAGACAACUUCACUUCUUUAAGGACAUUUUCCGCGUCUGAUCUCCCGACGGCCUGCUGCAUCUGGGAUAAAACCAACCCCAAAGACCCUGAAGAUUGCAUAUACCUACGAAGUGCCUUCACAUCCCUACAUUCCAUAUACCUACACAAUUGCCCGAGGCUGGUGUUUGUCCUCCCGAUUUCCUUCACCUUGCCAAGCCUGGAGACCCUUCACAUGGCAUACUGCAGGAACCUGCAAUAUGUUUUCCCACUGGACAACAAGUACCCUCCAGAAAUAGCUUCUGGUGCCACAUUCCAGAACCUGAAGCACAUCAAGCUAUACCAUCUCCAUCGGCUGGAGCAGAUAUGCGAAGCCAGACUGACCGCACCGGCGCUGGAGACGAUCAGUCUCAGGGACUGCUGGGGCCUGAGACGGAUACCGGCCGUCGCUGCGCGUCAAGGUCCUAAGCCAGUUGUGGACUGUGAGAAGGAUUGUUGGGGCAGGCUCGAGUGGGACGGCCUGGAGGCCGGGCACCACCCGUCGCUCUUCGAAACGCUUCACUCAGCUUACUACAAGGAGGCGCUCCCAAGGGUCUCCGUUCUAAGGUGAUGUGUUCCACCCCUCUGCCAUGUCUAGCUUGGUCAAUAAGAUGCAACCAAGGGAGGUCAGGCCACAUGUUUCUGUGUUGCAAGUGUGGUGUGUUCGUGUGCACUGUGCAGGAUACGUACGCUGCUAUGCACAAGGAAGAAUAAAUGGUGUGUUUUCACUUUUCAGCCCCAGGCUACCUGAUUUUGAGUAUGCUUGGAUUGGAUUGGAUUGUCGUGCGAUGCACUUUGGGUGCAGGGCUUUCUCCAGCUUGGUGUGGUGGUCACACCCAGCUGGUUUAUUUGUGAUGAUUGGCCAUUUGCUUGUAAUAAUAAGAUUGAGGUUGUGUGCAUGUGUGCGCGCGCACCAACCUAGCUAGUCUUCCGUGUGACUUUAUUGAUGAACCGUAAAUCCAGCUUGCAUUUGAUCAUAUGUAUAACAAUA